GUCACGGUCGAGGAAUCGAUGAACUCGAGUUCGUCGUCGUGCGUCACCCACUGCAGGGAGUCCGUUGGGCGACCAUCCUCAGCGAGAAAGCUGGAGUGCUCGAGGCCGAGGACUGGGUGGACACGGGGUUACGUGAGCCAUCCGGGGAUCCGUCGUCGGGCCAAGGCCAUCCUGGAUUUCCUCUCCACCGCGAGCUCGGCCUCCUCUGAAUUCCAUAUCCGUGGGGUCUUCGGCAACAGUCCGGACACAAGCAAGGCGCUGAGAAUACUUUUGCGGACAGAAAAAAUAAGGAGGUCCGGAGUUGGAGGCAGAGCGGAUCCUUUCCUUUACACGGUAGCGGGUUCCCGCGGCGACGUCGUUUCAGCCUGAAUGACGACGACUGGUCUCAUUGGAUCUCCCUCACGGAUUUUCGGCCUCUUGUCAUAUGAAGGAUCCGAUUGAUCGGUCGUUUCAACGUUAGUUAGCAGAUCAAUGUGCCUUAAUUGUAUCAUAGAUGGGAGAGAGCGUUGCAGAGUCCUCAUCCGCAACAAAAGAAUAAAAGAGGCCGAAGAACAGGUAGUACGGUGUAUCUACAGUUUUUUGUUCUUUCUUUGGUAGCUACACUCUUCAUAUUGGUCAUUUUGGUCUGAAUGCGUACCAACCUAGCUAUUCUCGCUCUUGCUCCUACAAGUCUGCCAUAGAAAGAAAACAGAACAUCUAGAACAGAGAUGUCAGCGGGUCCAAAUAGGGUUUGGCCCUGGCUUUACCAAGCCCAACUCAAUGGGGUCCGGCUUAUCUGGAUUUAAAUUCAGGGCCGGAUUUGUCGCAAACAAAAUCAGGACCUGGA